UAGACAUGUAAAGCUGUUAUUACAAAUAUAUUGUUCAUCACACGAGCCUUAGCUAUAAAAAGUCCAGGACCUUAAAGCGCUGUAGAAGUUAAAUGCGAGGUUACAUAUAUAUAGAGUACAAGGUUUUGGGCGAUAUAUUAUUUUUGUUUUACGCUGCCGAAAGUCCAGUUCGGUUUUUCCGCGAAGCUCAAAAAAUCUAUGAAAUGUGUUUGCAUGUUCUUCUCCGCGAGCGGGGAUGUAGAGGUGGGAUUGCGAGAAUCGAAAGGUUGGAGAGCCCACACGCUCAGCUUCCGAGAAAGUACGUUUUAUUUCCCUCUUGUUCUAUGCAGGCGAGGACUAUAUUAAUUCAGUUGGUUUAGUGUGAGGUUUUUCUCCUUUCUUUUUUUACAUCAAUCUCUACGGUAGGCUUGGAGACGGACCGCUUGGACAGUGGGAGCCCUCCCCUCCUUUCGGAUCUGCUUUGGUAGUUUGUAGGUUGGCAGGAUGUGGAUGAAGGCUGAGGUUUAGAGCGAGCGACAGGGCUCUAGGGCCUGCCUGCGGUUGGCUGGACGACUCGUCCUCCGUGGGGAGGCGCCGCCCCACCCGGGCUCAGAGCAGACUGCGAGCACCUCUCGGCUCCCCCCCCCUCCCGCCCCCGACCCCCAGCCCGGGACCUCACCUACCGGACCAUGUCUAGCGGACGGUCGGAGGGAAGCCGAGAGCGGAUAGCCGAGGCGCCAGAGCGGAACAGCUGCAGGGAGGACGUCCCCGUCGUGGAGCGCAGGAACCGCAGUGGCAUCAUCAGCGAGCCCCUGAGCAAGAGCCUUAAGAGGUCCCGUACCCUCUCCCAGUACACGGCCGCCUGCCCCCCCGCCGGCGCCAAUGGACACACGCACCACGGAAGUGGCGAGGCUAAGAGCCACACGGCCAAGCCCCCGCCGCCCCCUCAGCCCCAGCCCACAGUCUCGGCGCUGGCGGCGGCAAAGCUGGAUCGGACCCUGGAGCAGGUCCUGGAGGGACAGAACGGCCUGCUGCACUUCGCCCAGGCGGCGGCACUUUUAAAACGGGCCGGGAUGGAACACAUGCUGUUGCCCGCGGGCAUGGGAAUGGGGAUGGGGGGUAGCGAUUCGGGCUCGGGCGCCAGCGACCUGGAGGGGGCGUCCGCCGUGGACUCCAUCGGCGGCGUUGCCGACUUCCCGUACGGUGUUGGCGGCGGCUUCCCGUUCAACCCGGGACUGUUCAUCAUGACGCCGGCCGGUGUGUUCCUAGCGGACAGCGCGCUGCACAUGGCUGGCCUGGCCGAGUACCCGGUGCAGAGCGAGCUGGCCUCCGCCAUCAACUCCGGCAAAAAGAAGCGUAAACGUUGCGGCAUGUGUCCGCCCUGCCGCCGGCGGAUUAACUGCGAGACGUGCAGCAGCUGCCGGAAUCGCAAAACGGGCCACCAGAUCUGCAAGUUCCGCAAAUGCGAGGAGCUGAAAAAGAAGCCGUCUGCCGCCCUGGAGAAGGUGAUGCUUCCUACAGGAGCGGCUUUCCGAUGGUUCCAGUAGGACUGUGACCCUCCUCCAACCCUAACCCCAUCCCACCCAAACCCAAAGCUCUGCGAUCAAGUGCAAUGCCAACUCUCGCUUGGAUUGUCUCGGGCACGGACACUGGCUGACAAGCAAACAAACAAACAGACAGCAAAAGAAAAAAAAUGAAAAAUUAAGCAAAAAUAAUCAAUCGAUUAAUGGAUGCACCUACUUAUUCCUUGAACCAAAAAUUAAACAUAAAGAAAAAAAUCUAUGGCAACUUUCAUUCCCUUUUCUAUGUUUCCAUUUUGGUACCUUUUGUCCUUUUUCCAGCAGGUUUUUUCUGUCGCUUCGACAUGGAACUGUUCAUUGCCAAACAGAAAUGACGGACUGAGUGUGGACAAUCAACUAAUUUCUGUGUUUGGUGUUAAUGUUGUUCACGUGUGGAAAGAUACAGUACUUGUGUAGAGAAUGUAAAUUUACGGCUAUAUUUUAAAACUAGUGGCUAAUGGCAAGCACUAUUGUAAUUUAGCACCAUUGUUCUUACUUAAACCCUUGUCUAUUUUAUGAUUUAUAUUGUUUUAAGAAUAUCAUUUUGAAACGGAUCAUUGGUUGUCUUUUAAAAGAAAAUGGAAUUGUUUCAAAAUGUAAAAAAAAUACUGAUUUCUUAUUGAAAUGAAAAAACUACUCUCAUCCCAUUCAGCAGAGGUCCGAGUUACUUUUUUUUUUUGCCCGAUGACGCUAUCUACCAGAGAAUUCACUGGAAUCUCCCCAAUUGCCCGAACCAACCAAUAACCGUGUUUUUCACGCCUGUAUUUUCGAGCAUUUUAUUUUGUGAAACUGACAGCCUUACGUUCCUGUGGCCCAAACAAGUGUGUCAUGAGUGUGACAUCACAGAGGGCAACAACACUAGGAGACAGCACUUGCUCUGAGUCUACCCAUUUGAACCCACUUGCUCUGAGUCUACCCAUUUGAACCCACUUGCUCUGAGUCUACCCAUUUGAACGCACUGAAACAAGAUUUUUUUUAAUGUUUUUUUCCAUCCAUGUUGCUGAUAGUUACAUCUUUUAAAAACAACAGCGAUGUGUUUGUAUUCAUUUAGAAAAAUUGGACUGGUUUUGUGAAUAAAAACGAAUGCAUGUAUUUGUGUCAAAAUUUACA